AUGGCGGCGUACAACAAGAUCAACGGACUUCACAUCACAGAAGACAAGAGAAUCUUACAUGACAUCUUGAGAAAAGAAUGGGGCUUUCGUGGCCUGGUCAUGAGCGAUUGGCACGGCUUGUAUGCAACUACAGCUCCUAUCCAAGCAGGCCUGGAUCUCGAGAUGCCCGGACCUAGCCAAUGGAGGGGAAAGAACCUGCUACACUCACUGUUGGCUAAUCGUCUAAGCGCUCAUGAUCUCGAUAAUUGCGUGCGACGCAUUCUCAACAUGAUCAAAGAAGCCGCUAGCUCCAACAUACCGGAACAGGCACCGGAGAAGCCUUUGAAUCGUGAGAAAGAUCGCAAACUACUUCGUCGGGCCGCAACUGAGUCGAUAGUACUCAUGAAAAAUGACGAAAGCAUACUUCCCCUGAAUCCCGACAAGGCGAUUGCUGUGAUAGGCCCGAAUGCUGCCAUUGCAGCAUACCGAGGUGGGCGUAUCGCUCAUCUUCGACCUUACUACGCGGUGACCCCUCUGCAGGCUAUUAGUGAGAGAAGCAAUGGAAGCGUUCAGUUUUCCCGAGGAAUUUACAAUCAUAAAGAAAGGCCUCUUCUGGGCCACCAACUCCUGACAAGUCACGGCAAGCCUGGAUUCGACAUGUACAUCUACAACGAGCCGCCGACCGUUGCAGACCGCACUCCAGUCGAUCAUUAUGAGUUCCUUAACUCUUGCGGUUACUUCUUCAACUAUGAAAACAUGAAUCGUAUUGAUGGCGAAAACUGGCACGUGGAUAUUUCGGGUCGCCUUGUAGCGACUGACACGGGACCCUACGACUUUGGCGUUAGCGUACAAGGCACCGCAAACUUGUAUCUAGACGGAAAGCUCGUGGUAGACAACACAAAAGACCAGCAAUUCGGCGAAGGCUUCUUCCGAGCGGGCACGGUGGAGAAGAUAGGCACUGUUCACCUGACCAAAGGAGAGUCAUAUCACGUGCUAGUCCACUGGGCCGGAGCACACACUUCGGAACUCAUCAAGAACUCUCCAUUGACAUUUCAUCCCGGCGGUUUACGUCUUGGCGGAUGUUAUCAAAUGGACGUUGCUGCCUCCAUUCGCGCAGCUGCUGAGCUAGCGUCACAGGUCGAUCAAGUCGUUAUUCUUGCAGGUCUAAUGGGGGACUGGGAGAAUGAGGGCGCAGAUAGACCUGACAUCGAACUUCCACAGCACACCGACGAUCUCAUCACUAGUGUGCUCGAUGCGAACCCUAAUGCAGUCGUCUGCAUUAGUUCAGGAAGCCCUGUGACGAUGCCAUGGGCUAGUCGCACUAAGGCUCUACUGCAUGUAUGGUAUGGAGGCAACGAGACGGGAACAGCGAUCAGUGAUGUUUUGUACGGCGAUGCUAAUCCAUCAGGAAAACUACCACUAUCUUUUCCUGUCUGUUUGCGCGAUAAUCCGACGUAUCUGUGCAGCCAAGCGGAGAGAAAACGUAUACUAUAUGCGGAGGACGUUUACGUAGGCUAUCGAUACUACGACACCCUGGAAAAACCCGUACUCUUUCCAUUCGGUCAUGGGUUAUCCUACACCGAGUUCCGCCUCUCGAAACUUCGACUUGAAGUACAUGGCUCACAGGAGAAAGCAAUAAUCACAGCGCGAGUCCAGAUUGAAAACGUUGGCAACUUUGACGGCGCAGAAGUGGUGCAAGUAUAUGUCGAGCCGCAGAAAUCCAGUGUUGGCCGCCCGGUGAAAGAGCUGAAAGGGUUCGAAAAAACACACGUUCUCAAGCUUUCCUCCACUACCACCCUUGCAAUAAACAUGGAGUUGAAAUAUGCGUUGGGAUUCUGGGACGAAGCAGAAGGUCGCUGGGUAUGUGAGAAAGGAAACUACAAUGUUCUCGUGGGAACAAGCAGCAGAGGAACGUUUCUACGAGAAGUGUAUUCCCUCGAAGAAACGUUUUGGUGGCAAGGUUUGUAG